GUGCCUGGCACCAAGGCCCAGAUAACCUACUCAGCAGGUAACAGUUUUCAUCGCUGGUCUGAUGCCAAAGGUUCCUGUAAAAAUGGCGGAGGAAUCCUGGCAAAAAUUAGAAAUAUACAAGAUAUUCAAACACUGAGGCAACACUUUUUACUUCACCAAGAUCCUAAGUACUGGGUUGGUAUAAAAUUUGACACGACCAAGAGCAACUUUGUCUGGGCUGAUGGAACUGUCAUCCCUUCCAACGACGCUGAUUUUGAAUCGAUUGUUAAUAGGCAAGAACAACUUUUACCGAAUUACAGAAAGCGAUGUAUGUACGCAACUGAACAAAACAAACUUGUGGCUGAUGACUGUCAGGCUCAUUAUAAAUACAUUUGUCAAAAAGGAUAUGAUAAAGCAACGCUAACAAGUAAGUUCACCUUAAUCCGAAAGCUUUUUAUAACUUAAAGUUUGAUAAAAAUUACAAUUAUAAUUUGCUUGGAUAGCACAGCAUAGUGAAGAGAGCCCCUUUAUCCUCUUUUGGUAUAGUACAGUUAAAAUCCUCCAGACGGUAAACCUGUUACCAUAGAGUUGCACUGGCGAGUACACAGUGGACAAGUGCAGCGAAAUCACUCAUUUUGUGUACACCUCUUUGUCUGCUCAAUGGAGAAAAUUACUGUGAAACUCACAAGACCGUGAACCCCAGAAAUAUUUAUGGAAUGUUAUUGUGUUGUGAGAAAUAAGCCAAUAAGGAGGGAGAUAACCAACCCGCAAACAGCAACGGUAAUUAGUUUGUGGUUUCCAGGUUUGCUCGCGUGUUAUAAGUAGUUGUCUUUUUGUGUACUAUUCAAGGUCACCAUUAAAAACAACAACAACAAACUACUGUCAGAAAGGUGACCAUGGCGACAACCAUCGACAUAUAUCUCGGAAAUGUCAGUUAUGCUGUAAACAUAUGUCCUGCUGAGGAGUUCUGGUACUGUUCAUCUACCAUGAACUUAAUUAUUUUGUAUUUUUGUUUCCUAUAGGCUCUUUGACGUUAUUUACGGCGCCGUCCUCUCCAGUGAAACAACUUUCAUCCUCAUUCCACUCAUCAUCUUCAUUAUCAUUGGUAUCAUCGUCACCGUCAUUGUCAUCAUCGUUAUCAUUAUCACCAUCAUCUUUAGCAUCAGCUGAGUCGCCACAGUUUUCAACUCAAAUGUUGUCAUAUAACACUGUCGUAAUGACAUCCACACAACCGAUAUCAUCAAUGACAUCAGCUAAGAAAAAAUUAUCUGCUGCCUCAUCAGUAAUAUUGACAUCGUCCUCAACAUCGCUACAUAUAAUUAUUACUCCUUCAUUAACCUCCGCGAAUGGUGUUCAGUUUUCAUCAGUGGAGUACUUGGUAAGAGUUACUAGUUACUAAAGCUCGCGAGUUCAAAAUGAAGAAUCCUAUACUUAAGUUGCUAGUCUCCAGGAUAUAAUGAUGCUAACAAUCAUGUUUCAUUUAUCACUGAACUCUAUACCUUCACAUACGAUUUUUAGGUAACCAAACAUGAAAAUGAAAUCAAUCAACUUGAUGUCGGCGAUUCAUUGUCAUUACAGGUAAGAUACAUUUGUCCGUGAAGUGAGUAUGUUGAAGGCAAGAGAGUAAAACUGAGCUAUAGAAAAUGUUGAUUAAAAAAGAAAGGAUUAUUUUCGCAGUUCAACUUUCAUUUUUUGUUUUUCAUUUUGACUUUUGUUCUUUUUGGAUUCUUCUUUUUUAUGUUUUCUCUUAAAAUAAAGUUUGGGACUUGCUUUUUCCUUUUUACAGAGGGCUGCAAACUUAACAUCUUCUUUACUAAAUAACGUGAAUAAAAUACCAAUCAGGAAUUUGAGCAUCAACAUACUUGUUAGCGGUGCUAAAUUGGAGAAGUUUGCGGUUCAGUACGCCCAGUAUCAUUGGGGUUUAAGGAACAACUCUAAGGCAGAAAUGUCUAUUGAAAUGGACGAAGUAGGUAAGAGAUUCCUUGUGUGUGUGUGUGGUCCCCCUGGGGGUGGGGAACUCAAGAAAGUUUUUCAUUGGAAGUAUCCGCCCCCGGGGACCUGGUCUUCAUUUUUAUGAAACUGUUAGAAAAAUUUUUGUUUCAGCUUUUCUUCCACCGACUCACGUUUGCUCACUUGUAGAUCCAGAUAUAUUGCUCUUACGUUAAGUAUUUCUGUUCGCUGUUUAUUUACAGCUUUGGCGGCAAUGAAAAUUCCAGCUGGUAAUAAAGAAGAUGUUAUCUUUCCUUCAACUUCAGCUGCGUCUGGAAAAAACUUCAUCCGAGAAGAAAAAAACGUCGUUACUCUUCCAGCAAGUCUUUUCAGUUAUCAAGGUCUUCACCAAUUUAUCCAUUGAAUAAGAUCUAUUGCGGGUCGAUCUCGAUGGGCCAAAACUAACGUUUUUGGCUGGCUAACAGCCUGGAUAAUUGAAUAACUGAGAGACUAACUGACCGACUGAUCAACGGAACUGACUGACAGAUUGACUGGCUGACUGGCUGGCUGACUGAAUGACUGAAUGAAUAAAUGAAUGAAUGAAUGAAUGAAUGAAUGAAUGAAUGAAUGAAUGAAUGAAUGAAUGAAUGAAUGAAUGAAUGAAUGAAUGAAUGAAUGAAUGAAUGAAUGAAUGAAUGAAUGAAUGAAUGAAUGAAUGAAUAGAGUUAGUUUGAACCCUACAUAAGAAAUAACAGAGAUACAUUGCCAUCUUUAUCCCCGAUAAAUGAAUUUAUUCUAACCAAGUCUAGUUUAUUUUCGCAAGGUUUUGGGUUGGGAUAAUUCUAUCCUGUUAAUAGUUUAUCUUAUUUAUGAAUGACCACCUAAACUCUUAACAUUUCAUUGAUUUGGUUAAUGCAUAUCCUAACUUGUUUCUAGAACGCUACGUAGUUUGCAUGUUGUACAAAAACAUUGCCGAGCUGAUACCAGAACAGGACAACAGGUUGGUUGAUCUUGAAAUCCUCCCGCUCUACAACAGUAAAUAAACACCAAAAUUUGCACAGACUGACUGUAGCCCUUCCCCCCUCCCCUCUCGCUCUUGACAAGGUUUACGCUCUUCCCACCGAGGACACCUUGAACUUAUAGCACAGUUGUAACAUAUGACUGUCCGUUUCUGAAAAGAUAGGAUGGGACAAAUGGUAAUUGUAAAUGACCAUGAGAACAGGAUUACAGCUGUGGUUUCUGUUGGAUGUUGACUAGAUAUUGUUUUUUAUUUCAAUCUAUAGGCAGGACAUCAGCAUUGUGUCUCGGGUUGUCUCUUGUUCCUUAUUCCCAGAAGUGCCAGGUGUUUUUACUGACAAAGUGACAAUUAAGCUUAAAAGUAUCAAGGUAUAACUGACAGGUUAUAGGGGCCCGGUUGGACCAUUUGAAAAGUUAUCAGGGGAGAGGGGGUGGGGAACUUUCGAGCCGAAUGAAUAUUUUUUCGUAACAUUUCCUUUGUAUGAUUUUUUUUAGGCCAGUGCAUGAAUAUCUGUUAGGAUUACUUGGCGCGCAUAAUUCUUUUUCAUUUAAUUUCAUGCAAGAAUUUGGCUUUUUUUCCGUACUUCGCCCACCUCCUCCGGCUCCCCAUAAGUUCUCUAAUGGUCCGCCCCUAAGCUAGUUUCUCUGAAUUAAAUUCUUUGAUAGAUCAGUUAUUAUAUAAUUGGAGUCGUAGCGUACACACAUUCACUAGCUCGUUCGUGGUCACAUAUCAUCGAUUAAUUGAAGAAGGCUGUUUAGAAGCUUAAGGGGACCUUAUGAGUCAAAAUGCUUGAUAUUUUUUCGUAGGUUGGUCAUCUGUAAGAGGCAAUAAUUUAUCCAGUUGAUAUAGUUUAUUGCUUCUUUUACGCGAGUCAGGAGAGCGUUAAAGAAACACGGCGCGAAGAAAAACAAAAAAAAACUAUUUACAGGUAGUUUAGAUAAGCUUUGAUUUGAGGUUCAUUUAAGUGGAAACUUUGGCUACACCCACACCAUAAAUUAGCCUCUGGAGAGUUGACAGAUAGAUUUUUUGCCUUUUUUUCAGUUACAGCGGGGAAUGACAGGGGUCACGCCAAGCUGUGGGUUUUGGAAUUUUUCUAUAAGGUGAGACAUUGCUCUUUUAAGAGGCAAGAAAUUACAAUGAAUUUUACUACAUCAUAAAAUAAACCGAUCGUUGGGUGAGCAAAGAUGGACCAGAAAGAAUGUUGUGUGGUUUAAUUUGAACAACUGCGAUCAGCUGUAAAGGUAAAAUCUAUCAACGUUUCUUUAAGCCUUGGCAAGGUUAAUUAUACUCGCAAACAUACAACGAUAUUGUCAUAUACUGUAUUGUGUAACUUCGUUACAAAUUAAAUGUAAAUUUUGUUCAUAUAUCCCCACUCAUCGACGUCAUUUUUGUGAUGGAAGUUGCCGAAUACGUUUUGCGGUAGUUGGGGUACAAAUUUUUGCUAAAUUUCCAUACUCAUCACUUUCCUGACCUUUCUUGUUUUUCCUUAACAGAACAAAAAUUGAUGGAGCUUGGUCAAAAACAGGUUGCACUUUGGUUGAAUCAACGCGCGAUCAAACUAUAUGUAGCUGUAAUCAUCUGACUAAUUUCGCUGUUUUAAUGGAAGUUGGAGAGACAAAGGUACCAACAUUUUCAAUGUGCAAGGAUCGCAAAUUACUGUGUGCAGAAAUCUUGAUCAAAUUAUCGAUUUAAUUUUGUUUGUGUCACUGAUUUUUAAUCUUUUCAAAGUUAAGGUAUAAAGUAUCACCUUGAUGACGUACUUGCUAAGUCAAAAGAUGCCUCUAAAUUCUUCUGUAUAAUAAUAUCUCCUGCCAGAUUUCAAAUGACAACAAGUUUGCUUUGGAGAUUGUAACCUACAUUGGAACAUCUCUUUCUCUUUUUGGCGAGACAAUCACUAUAAUAGUCUACUUGAUUCUUAUGUAAGUACACUAGUCACUGACUAGCUAGUUGUGCGCCGUAUUUACCCUAACCUGAGAGUUCGUUAACAAUAAUUUCAAUUAAUCAUUUUCACUCACGUGACCAGAGGUGCUGCAAAUUACUUGGAGCAAAAGAAAGUUUUUACAUGAGAAAAUAGUUCAAUCCCCACUGGAUUUUGUGGUACAUUAACAUGGCCUCCGUUUCAUUAUUUUGGUACACCAAUAACUAGAAUUGCUGCCGUGAGUGACGUCAUGUGAAAACGAGUUUAUAUAUGAAAACUUUAUAACUGAUCCUGAAGAAUAGGUUCAAACCACGUAACUUUAUAUCAUUGUUGGCUGAUUGAACGACUUUUUCGUCCUAUUUUUCUAAAGGAAUUUAAAGACAACACAGUCUCAUAUCCGUUUGAAUAUGGUAUCGUGCCUGGCUGCCGGACAGUUAGUAUUUAUCAUAGGAAUCAGUGCAACUAGGCACAAGGUCAGUAAUGAAUAAAUAAAAUAAAAAAACAUUACUGUGAUCAUAAAAAGUGUUUCAAUCUUAUAAUUAUAUAUGUUUCAUUCUCUUUCUUUUGUGUUUUAAGGUUCUGUGCACAACCGUUGCUCUAACAAUCAACUAUUUUUAUUUGGUUGCGUUUGGAUGGAUGGUUGCAGAGGGAGUGAUGCUAUACUUAAAAGUUGUCAAAGUUUUCAAUGUCAUGACAACAACAAAAUAUUUCUAUGGAUUCGCAUGGGGUAAAUCAACAUAGCCUCCUUACUGUAAGCAGGUCGUCUAAACUUAAUAAUGAACUCAGCCUGGGGCUUGUUUUGCUCACUAGUUCAUCUUAACUGGUUUGUUAAGCGAAGCUCAACUGCCAGUGGGGACAAUUUGUUUUUACCAAUGUAUAGCAAAUGCCUGGGGUUUAAUAUUUGCAAAACAUCGUUGAGCAGGUCAACCUUGCUAUUGAUCAUAAGAUGCAGUAAACGCCCUGAUUAACUGUAUUGAUAAUACAUGACAAUUCCAAGCAGAAAAAAGUUGUGACAGACUCGUUAUGUUGUGUCUGCCUACUACUAUCUGUAAACCAGGCUUAAGAUGGCUGAAUACUUUAGCACGUUACUUUGGAUUACUAGUUGAUUACGAUGGUGAAUGAUUGUGGCGAUGAUAAUGCUACUGAUGACGAUGAUGAUGGUGAUAAUGAUAAUUAUGAUAAUGUGAAACAAGAUUUUAUUGUUUUGUUUUUCAGGAUUUCCAACCAUUUUGGUAGUUUCUGCUGUUGUUACAAAUGUGUUAAUAAAAGGCAGUAUGGACAGCAGCAUGCGUGAUGAUGUGUGAGUAUCUCUGGAAUGAACUGAUAGAACAGAUUGUCAGAUAAACCUAACGCAGAUGCUGGGAUCACUUUAUUUCAGACUCUGUAGCCUGGAAUAACUAAAAGAAAAAGCUUCAGUUCAUCCGUAACGCAUUGGCAAUGCAUGCUGCCAUAGGUCGUCUUCGAAUAUGACGUCAUUGUAAACCAGUCUAAGAUUUUGCUCCACUUAUGUCCAGGAUCGAUCUUGUUAGCAAAAAUUUGCUUGCAAAUUGCUUUCGCAAUUAUCGCAAAAGAAAUAAUUGAGAAAAAAUUAUGUCAGAAAAUCACUAACAAAUAUCGCAAAAAUCGCAAAAAUAACAAAUCUAACAAGAAUCAAGAUUGGAAACAGAAGAAGCGAAGAAGGGCCCCGAAAUGUUCGCAAAUAUCGCAAAAAUCGCAAAAGUAACAAGGAUUUUCUUUGCUAGCUAAAAACACCCGUGACAAAUAUCGCAAAAAUUGCAAAAAUAACAAAUCUAACAAGAAUCAAGACUUGGAAACAGAAGAAGCCAAGAAGGGCCCUGAAAUGUCUGCAAAUAUCGCAAAAAUCGCAAAAGUAACAAGGAUUUUUCAUGUUAGCUAAAAACACCCAUGACAAAUAUCGCAAAUAUCGCAAAAAUACUAAAUGUAACAAAAUUCCAGACUUACAAAGAAAAGAAGCCAAGAAGGGCCCCGAACUGUUCGCAAAUAUCGCAAAAAUCGCAAAAGUAACAAGGAUUUUUCAUGCUAGCUGAAAACACCCGUGACAAAUAUCGCAAAAAUCGCAAAAACAACAAAUCUAAAAAGAAUCAAGGCUUGGAAACAGAAGAACCUAAGAAAGGCCCUGAAAUGUCCGCAAAUAUCGCAAAAAUCGCAAAAGUAACAAGGAUUUUUUUUUGCUAGCUAAAAACACCCGUGACAAAUAUCGCAAAUAUCGCAAAAAUACCAAAUGUAACAAAAUUCCAGACUUACAAAGAAAAGAAGCCAAGAAGGGCCCCGAAAUGUUCGCAAAUAUCGCAAAAAUCACAAAAGUAACAAGGAUUUUUCAUGCUAGCUGAAAACACCCGUGACAAAUAUCGCAAAAAUCGCAAAAACAACAAAUCUAAAAAGAAUCAAGGCUUGGAAACAGAAGAACCUAAGAAAGGCCCUGAAAUGUCCGCAAAUAUCGCAAAAAUCGCAAAAGUAACAAGGAUUUUUUUUUGCUAGCUAAAAACACCCGUGACAAAUAUCGCAAAUAUCGCAAAAAUACCAAAUGUAACAAAAUUCCAGACUUACAAAGAAAAGAAGCCAAGAAGGGCCCCGAAAUGUUCGCAAAUAUCGCAAAAAUCACAAAAGUAACAAGGAUUUUUCAUGCUAGCUGAAAACACCCGUGACAAAUAUCGCAAAAAUAACAAAUCUAAAAAGAAUCAAGACUUGGAAACAGAAGAACCCAACAAAGGCCCUGAAAUGUCCGCAAAUAUCGCAAAACUCGCAAAAGUAACAAGGAUUUUUCAUGCUAGCUGAAAACACCCAUGACAAAUAUCGCAAAUAGAAAGGACUGUCGCUCACAGAAGGGGGCCAAUUUUCAGCAAUAAAAGGGGCUGGUUAACAUUCGUUCCAAAAUAUCAAGAAUACCAGAUUGGGGGAAAGUAAACGGGUCAUAAGAUAUACCCAUAGUUUUUUAAACAGGGAUUGCCGAAAGUAACAAGAAUUUUACUGCCAUGUAAGACGAUUUAGUACCAAAUAUGGCAAAAUGCCACAAAUUGCGCUAGAGUAACAAGAAUAGGCAAGAAUUGUUGAAGGGCAAGAAAGGGGCCAAGAACACCCGCGCAUCACUGUUUUUCCCUAAUAGUAAUGGUUGUCUUAACUGGGAUACGUUCUUUUCCAGUAAUUUUGUAAUGCGUUCCAUUUUCGCGAAAAUGAAAUCACCACUUACAAACGUGACACUAUUUAUAAUUACUGACAGUACCAAAAUACUGUAAUAUCAAUCUGUGUAUGCUUCGUUCUUCCAUCAACAUACAGCUACAAUGCAUAAAAAGGAGUGCCGCCCACAGAAGGGGGCAAAUUUUAAGCAAUAAAGGGGGUUGGUAGCAGAACUUUCAUGCCCAAGAACCCACCGCAACCAUCGUUCAAAAUAUCAAGAAUAGCACAUUGGGGGAAAGAAAACAGCCAUUAUACAUGAAUGUUGCUGUGCAAUACCCAAAGUUUUUUAAGCAGGGAUUGCCAGUGACCUGGUAAUCCUUCCCUUCCUAGAAUUUUGCUAAAUUUCUUAUUUUUGCGAUUUUUUCGAUAUUUGUCACGAGUGUUUUUAGCACGCAAGAAAAAUCCUUGUUACUUUUGCGAUUUUUGCGAUAUUUGCGGUCAUCUCGGGGCCCUUAUUGAUUUCUUCUUUUUCUAAAUCUACCAUUUUGUUAAAAUUGUUAUUUUUGCGAUAUUUGUCACGCGUGUUUUUAGCUAGCUAGAAAAAUCCUUGUUACUUUUGCGAUUUUUGCGAAAUUAGCGGACAUUUCGGGGCCCUUCUUGGCUUCUUUGCUUUCUAAGUCAGGAAUUUUGUUACAUUUGUUAUUUUUGCGAUGUUUGCGAUAUUUGGCACUGGCGUUUCAGGCUAGCAAGAAAAACCUUGUUACUUUUGCGAUUUUUGCGAUAUUAGCGGACGUUUUGGGGCCCUUCUUGGCUACUUUUCUUUCCAAGUCAGGAAUUUUGUUAAAUUUGUUAUUCUUGCGAUUUUUGCUAUAUUUGUCAUGGGUGUUUUUAACUAGCAAGAAAUAUCCUUGCUAUAUUUGCGAUUUUUGCGAUAUUUGCGGACAUUUCGGGGCCCUUCUUGGCUUCUUUGCUUUCUAAGUCUUGAUUCUUGUUACAUUUGUUAUUCUUGCGAUUUUUGCGAUAUUUGUUAGUGAUUUUCUACCAUAAUUUGUUCUCAAUUAUUUCUUUUGCGACAACUGCGAAAAACAUUUGCUAGCAAAUUUUUGCUAACAAGAUCGAUCCUGGACAUACAGAUUUUGGGAACAGAUUUUUAAAAAAUACGAAGAUCAGGCAUGUGAAAGUGAAACUUGACUAACAAUAGUUUCUCAAUCUACACUAUAUCUGCGUUCACUGAAAAACUUUGAUACGUUUAUUUCUAUUAUUAUUUUCUCACGACCCAUCGAUCAGAAAAAACAUUAGGUCGGCAUUGUUAUUAAGAGGGUUUAAGGGAGAAGUGCGAACGCCCAAGACACUAGCUAAUUUUAAACAACUGUCUGAAUGAGAAGGAAAGGAAAUUAAGAAAUUAAUCUACACAGCAUUAUUGUAUAUUUAGGUGCUGGUUCUCGUUCUCAUCUGGUUUUGUUUGGGUCUUCAUUGGACCAGUGCUUAUGGCCUGCUUGGUAAGUAAAGUACUCGCCCGCAAAACAGGGCGUUUGAAGCUGACAGUCUCGUACAGAAUAUUUCAUGUUAGACCUCGAUCAGUUGUCAAGCACGUUUACAAGUGCAUAUUUUCCAUAGCAAGUUCUUAAGUGUUUAUGUUUAAGUUUAAGUUUAAUAAUACUUUGUCGUGCUAAUACAACAUAUACAAGUAAAUUAAUUACAGAAAAAUACAAAAAAAUGCAUGACUAGAGAAUAAUUGGGGGAAACUAAAUUCGAAUACGAAUAAUAAUUAUAUUCUCCAAUAUUAAACAUACUAAAAAUUAAGAAGUAAAAUUUAAAAGUGGCCCAAAGCCAACCUAAUUAAAUUGCAUACGUUUAAACUUAUCGCUCAAAAGUUUCAAGUGAAAUCCUUUUUCUUUAUAUCAUAGGUGAAUUUAGUGAUCCUGCUGCGGAUAGUUGUAGAAAUGAUGAGGCUGACAGACAUGUCAGGGAUAUCUGAGACAAACAGUACAAGGUAAACUGGAUUUAAAAAAAGAAAUCUUUUUAAAAAGCCUUGGUUUGCUGUAAAAAUUGAUCGUAUUCAUUUCCUUGCAAUCUAGUUUUCGUAAAAAUAAAACGUAGACAGCUUCCUGGAAGUAAAUUGUGAAGCAUCUUUUAUGAUGUCUUUUAGGCAGAGCCUUAAGGCAUGCGCAGUCCUUUCACCACUGCUGGGAUUCACCUGGAUGUUUGGUGUUCUUACAGUCACCGAUACUGCAGGACUGGUCUUUCAAUAUUUCUUUACCAUACUUAAUUCAUUGCAGGUAAUAAAAGUUGCUCGAAUUAGUAUUACUAAAGUGACAAAUAAAACUGAUAUGCCAAUACUAUGAAGGCUUUCAUAGAUUGUUCAAAAUAAAAGUAACACACUAGUAUAGUGUCACUACUUAUCUAAAAUUAUGCACAUAAUAGAUAUAGCCUCUGAAUCAUGUAUAUAGCAAACGAGAAACACGAAACUACAGUUUAAACUACGUAACCAAAUUUUCCCCUUACUUCCUAUUUACUGUUUAUUCUAUCUUUCCAAGAAUAAGUAGUUUAAUUCCGUUCGGUCAAGUUCAUCCAUAAGAAUUAUUUUUGACAGUUUGGAUCUGCUUAUUUUCCAGUUUGAGAAGUGUUCAACUUGAAUCCUACGUUUGCCUUCCUCUGACCGCUGUCUACAAAUAAUGCAAAUGUACAUCAUGGAGCCAAACUGUGUAUUAUGUCCUGAUGACGAUCAUGAUAAUAAUGAUAAUUAUGAUUGACGGAAGCAUACCUUGUUACUAACAACAAAGUUUCAACAAAACACAGGAACACAAUGUUAAUUUUAUCCUUUCAGGGUUUCUUCAUCUUCAUUUUUCACGUUAUUCGAAGCAAAGAAAUCAAAGCGGCUUUGGAAAUAAGAAGGCAGAGAUGGGAAACAACAAGAAGUAUAUCUGUGGCUACGGAAAAGUCUACAAUUGGUAGAGGACGAGUGAGCACAGCGAGAGAAAAAGGCAACUCGCUCCGAGGCAUUGAUAUGAACAAGAUUAGUCCAGAUGAAACGAGUAACAUUAAUCGAGACAUGCCCACAGUCAUGUAA